ACGCGAACGGUAAAGUCACUUGUAAAUUUCCAGUUUUGACAGCAUUAUUUCACAUGAUUGAAAAACACGAAAAGUAAGCUUUCGCUUUUAGGGUAUUCAUCCAGAUCAAAGGACUGGACUGGGGUUGUUUACCGGAUCCGACGAGUCACGACGAAUUAGUGGGAGUUAUCUUACGUAACUAAUAUUGGGUACGUGGUUAUUUGAGUAGCUUUUUUAACUGACUAACUGCAACACGAGUUAACUUGUAUUUUCGUUGAAAAAAAAGGUGAUGGACCGAUAGAAUUAAUAAGAUCUGAAAACUAAAGGUACCAAAUGAAACAAAGAAGAGCAAACACGACCUUGGUUUUUGCAGCCUUUUUGAAUCUAUUUUGUUUUGACAGCUGCGAAAUUGACCACUCAUAAUCAAGCUUUAAAGAAAACUCUCGAUGACGUCAUAGUUAAUGACAUAAAGAAAUGUCAGGCCGGGAAAGAUUUUGUUAUGGACGUUAUCCUGACCUCAAGCGUUACCUAUUUGUGUGCCAAAAUACAGACAUGAGAAAUUACGCGCUGUUCUGCAACUUGAUUUUUCUGGUUCACGUAUCUGUGCAAGCUUUACUGACCGUCGAUCUUCUACCGAAAAAUGUCUUUGCCAUCAGUGGAUCGCGGUAUAAUUUUACGUGCAUCUUUGUCGGUGAUAAUGGAUUGCCUCCUGUCAGGGUGAGGUUUCAACGGAGAAAGGCUCUGCCAAAUUUCAGAUAUGAGUGGUUAGACAUUCCAGAAACGGAGACAGUAUUUCAAACUAACAAAACAGAAGGGAACAAAGUCACGGCAACGUUGCACUAUACGAACAUUACAGUCGAAGAUGAUACCUCAAAGGGAAAACACGCAUGCACCGGAUAUUCUUCCAAGGGCGGACAGGAAUCCAGAUACAGGUUCACCAUCCGUGUCACAGCAGUCGAGGACCUGCCUGUGGCCCGUGUUACUCCGAACAAAACAGUAUCAUAUGGAGACGGUGCCAGGCUGUACUGCAAUCUCACCCACAAGAAUAAUGAGCAGACCACACCCAUAAGCUCCGUGACCUACUUAAGAAAUGACGAACGCUUGAAAAUAACAACUGAUGUCAAUCAGCCGUUGAUCUUGAGUUCUGUCGAUGCAAGAGACGGUGGAGACUAUCGAUGUAGAAUCACCGUUCUCCUUAAAAAAAUGGAGCAUUACGACGUUACGUCGUCGGCAGCUUAUCUCCACGUUCGCGUCCGUUUUCGUAUCAGCAUGAUUAAGUUAACAGCUGACAUUGGAGAGAGCGUGGCUAUGGUUUGCAGCGCUGAAGGUUACCCCUUGAACAUACAAUGGAAGAAAAACUACGAGGAAAAAAGUGCUAUCAUCAAACCAAAAGGCCGUUUCAUUCUUCAAAGUAAAUGCAGUUUCUGUGAUUCUAUCCUUGUCAUCCAGAAUGCCACCGCAGAGGAUUCUGGAAACUAAUCCUGCAGUGCAAGUAACGGUCCUGGUCAGCAGUUUUUCCUUGUCAAGGUGGCUAACGGAACUUUGAUAAACGCGGCUCAUACAACUUCGGUUCCAAAUCAUGUGAACUUCAUCAUGCAAGGGUUCCUGUGGAUUUGGUGGAGUUCAUUAUAGAGACGAAGGCAAAAAAGAUGGCAUUAAAGAAGAAGGGCUCCCGAUGAAUUAGAUCGAAAAAAAAAAAUCACUGUAGUCGUGAUUUUAAAACACUUGCUGCGUAGCUAGAUGACAGUGACGAAUCCGCUGAAGAUUUAAGAAGUGUCAUUUCAUACUGAUUGUUAGGCCAGCUGUACAAGAUUUUUUUUGCAAUGAGAGACUCUCUCCAUAUGAUAAAAAUUACGUUCAUGAGCUGUGUCAAUUAAAUUAGGACGAGAUAUAACCGUUCAACUGAACAACACAUUGUCUCGUAGCAGGAAAUGCUACAAAAGUUAGCGCCUUUUCCAGGAGGAAAUUAUUAAUGUAUGCCUAUAAUUGCAUUGCAAGUUGAUCUCCGUGGAACAAGCCAUCCCUUUCAUUGUUGUUUCGAGUUUUGUAGAAUCGAAUUUCUGCAAUUUGGAAAUUAAGUUUUGAUAGCAGUGAAGAUUAGUUACAAAGACAGUAAAAAUGAUAAUGGUAAAUCUUAUAGUGGCCAUAAAAUUGACUAAUUGGAGCUCCGCUUUUAAACUUCUAUCAGUAGCUUUCUCUUAUCCGUUUUGAAUCGUCUUUGCUAUUGAAUUUUUUUUUUUUCGGCGCGGUAAUAGAAUAAAUGUGCAGAAAAUGUAGUAAUGGAGAAGUAAAUAAGUUUAUUUACUCCUGAAUGUAUAGUAUUCAUUACAAAAAUUUGAGCUCUUUACAAAGCAUUUUACAAGUUUUAAUAAGGUAACAGAUUAUGGAUUAGAUUUCAAAGUUUAUAUCUGUUAGGAACAGUACUGAUA